GUCAAACAAAAAUUUCUCUCCCCCCCCCCCCGAAGAAUGGGGAAAUGAGUGUCUAUGUGACACCAAAGGUGGGUGACACGUAACCUGGCAUUGUUCGGGGCGCAAGUGACGUUGGCGCAGUGUACGCUCCGCAAAAGGAGCGCGGCGGCGGCGCUGCUGCUGAGAGAAAAAUCGCCGCCGCUGCCGCCACCAUGGAAUCAAAAGCGACUAACCAACUACUGUGCGACAGCCUCAUCCUCUGGUUGCAGACAUUUAAUACAGCUGAAUCCUUCAAGGAUGUUCAAGACUUAACUAAUGGUGUUGCUAUGGCACAAGUACUUCAUGAAAUUGAUUCUGCCUGGUUUGAUGAUGCUUGGCUAAGCCGUAUUAAAGAAGAUGUUGGUGAUAAUUGGAGAAUAAAGGCUAGUAAUUUGAAGAAGGUUCUUCAGGGAAUUAUGGAUUAUUAUCAUGAGUUUUUAGGCCAGCAGAUUUCAGAAGAUCUCCUUCCUGAUUUAAGUCGGAUAUUUGAACAUUCAGAUCCUGUAGAACUGGGCAGGUUACUGCAGCUUAUUCUUGGCUGUGCCAUCAACUGUGAAAAGAAGCAAGAACAUAUACAAGUUAUAAUGACACUAGAAGAAUCUGUCCAACAUGUUGUCAUGACUGCUAUACAAGAGUUAAUGAGUAAAGAAAUACCUGGCUUUGUUGCAAGUGACUUGUCUGGUGAUCUGGAGCAACAGCUGAAAAGAGCAUUGGAAGAGCUUAAUGAAGUACUUGCAGAAAAAGAAGAACUGAAGCAAAGAUGUCAAGAGCUAGACCUACAGGUGGCUGCCCUUCAAGAAGAAAAGAAUAAUUUAAUAUCUGAAAAUGAGCUCAUGAAUGAUCGAUUGGACCAGCUGGAUGGCUUUCUUGAUGAUACAAAUACUGCAGUUACAAAAAAGUAUUUUCAUGCACAAUUACAGCUGGAACAACUGCAAGAAGAAAACUUCAGACUUGAAGCUGCAAAGGAUGAUUAUCGUGUUCACUGUGAAGAGCUUGAGAAACAGCUGGUUGAGCUUCAGCAUCGGAAUGAUGAACUGACUGGUCUGGCAGAAGAAUCCAGGGCCUUGAAAGAUGAAAUUGAUGUUCUUAGAACAGUUGCAGAUAAGGCAACUAAGGUGGAAGCAACCAUUGAGGUAUACCGUAAAAAACUGGAGGAUCUGAAUGACUUUCGCAGACAGGUGAAAUCUCUGCAGGAAACAAAUAUGAUGUAUAUGCAUAAUACUGUUAGCCUAGAGGAAGAGCUAAAGAAAGCAAAUGCAGCACGUGCGCAGCUGGAAACGUAUAAAAGGCAGGUCCAAGAACUUCACAACAAACUCUCUGAAGAAUCCAAAAGAGCUGAUACACAGGCAUUUGAACUGAAGCGACUAGAAGAAAAGCAUGAAGCAUUACUUAAAGAGAGAGAGAGGUUGAUAGUGCAACGUGAUGCACUAAAAGAGACAAAUGAAGAACUUAGGUGUUCACAAAUGCAGCAGGAUCACCUCAACCAAACAGAUACAUCUGUUGUGACAAGUCAUGAAAAUCUUGCUGCUGAAAUUCUGCCUGUGGAAUAUAGAGAAAUGUUUAUUAGACUACAGCAUGAAAACAAAAUGCUCCACUUACAGCAGGAGGGAUCAGAAAAUGAACAGAUUAUGAAACUUCAAGAGAAGCUAGAACAAAAGCAUCGGACAAUAAAUGAACUGGAAACAGAAAACAGACUGAGCAAGGAGCGUAUUAGGGAGCUACAGCAGCAAAUUGAAGACCUCCAAAAGACCUUGCAGGAGCAAGAGUCCAAGCCAGAAGGUGAUGGGUCAAGCAAGUUGAAGCAGAAGAUAGCGGCACAUAUGGAAAAACUGAACGAAGUCCAUGAUGAAUUGCAGAAGAAGGAGGCUCUUCUUGCAGACCUCCAACCAGAUCAAAAUCCAAAUGCACAAAAAAUUGAAGAGUUGGAAGCAGCUUUGCAUAAGAAAGAUGAAGAUAUGAAAUCAAUGGAAGAGAGAUAUAAGAUGUACUUGGAAAAAGCAAGAAGUGUGAUAAAGACCUUGGACCCUAAACUAAAUCCAGCAUCAGCUGAAAUCAUGUCACUAAAAAAACACCUGACUGAAAAAGACAAAAAAAUUGAAGCACUUGAGGGAGAAUGUAAAUUGGCUAAGAUACGUGACUAUGAAGAGAAGUUAAUUGUUUCUGCAUGGUAUAACAAGAGCAUAGCAUUUCAUAAGCUGGGCAUGGAAUCCAGGCUGAUAAGUGGGAGCAGUACCUACAAAGAUACUACUUCUGGCCUCCCUGGACGCUCUUUCCUUGCACAGCAACGUCUUGUCACUAAUACACGAAGAAAUCUCUCUGUUAAAGUACCUGCUGCAACAUCUGAUUAAACCACCAAGGAUAUUUGUGCACUAAAGUGUCCUUAUAUUGUUUUCUAAGUCUGUUUUAAACUACCUGACAGAUGAAGAAGUUGUGAUGCUGGGCGUCAGUUAUUGUACAUGCAAGACCUGUUUGUUAUGCUGGUAAAUUGAAUUUAGCCAACUGAUUACACAAAGCAAUGCAUAUCUGUCAACUUUUUCUUGAUUUUAAAUAGACUUAAGGUACAUGCUCAUAAGCACAACUGUAAAGGAUUUAUAUAUGUCUUCAUAGUCUUGUAUAUUAAUUCCGAAAUUUGGUAUCAUAUUGAAAAUUCUAUUUAAAUGUUUUGGUCUAAUUCGUUGUAUGGGCACAGUUUUUAUAUAAAUGCUCUACUCCACAAAAAAAGUAUUUUUGCAGAGAUUGUUCCAUUUUGUAUUGAAGAAGGAAAAGAAACUGAAAAUUGAUUGCAGUUUUUUUUUUUACAUGAAUGGUUCUGCCUCUAAGCAAAAUGUAAUCAAAAUUAUUUACUGACUUGAGGAUUUGAUUGUAAGGCUGCAGUUCUAGGCACACUAGUUUGGGCCUAAGAUUUAUGGAACAGCUCAAAACCUUUUUGAACUCCGUUUCAACAGGAUGAGAAUUAGGGUUUUGUAGUGACUACUUAAUCACAGUUUGGGAUAGAUAGCAUAAAGAAAAUACUUUCUGUUUUAAAGGUAAGAAUUCAGGAGAGCCAGAAUAGCUGUAUAUUGGAAGUUAAUUGACUACAUUGCUGGUUAUGCUGAAGUUUAGGGUCUUGCAUAAAUUAUAGCAUUUUUAAAUUAUGCAAAAUCUGUUACUCAGAUCUGUGUGGUACAUAGAAUGGAUCUGGAGCCAUUCCGUAGCCACAUGACAUGUGAGUUGAGGCUGAGUGGUGACUUCACCCACUUCCAUGCAAAAGCCUCAUCAGCAUGGAGUUUACAAUCCUCCAGGGAGGUGACCAGGCUCACAAACCAUGAACUGGACCCCAGUCUGUGCCCAUCCAUAAUCCCUGGGAUUACACUAUGGCCACAAAUUGGAUCAUACUGUAGGUUAGCAACUUUGUGUUUGUACCCUUUUCAGAAAAUAACUUUUUACAGUAGAAUCUCUGGAAUAAGUAGCCUAGCAAAAAGCCCCUGCAGUUGAUUUUGAAUCCUUAUAAAAUGCUCCUCAGUCUGAAAUAUUACUGUUAACAUGUUGAUACAAUUGAAGUUACCAUAGUUAAACAAAACUAGUAGAGCAGGUUCUUUUAAAGAAUAAAAGUUGUUCCAUAUAUCCCUGUGCAACAAGCAAAUGAGUAUAGGCUGCUUCCUGCGAAAGUUCAUUACAUCAUAAAAUUCUGUCUAUAAAGUGAACUGCAUAUCUUGAAUCAAGGGUACAAUUUUUUGACAACCUGUUGCAGUUUCCUUAAGAUGUAAAAGCAGGGCUUUUUUUGUAACAGGAACUCUUUUGCAUAUUAGGCCACACCCAACCUAUGUAGUCAAUCCUCCAAGAGUUUACAGGGCUCUUAUUACAAGGCCUACUGUAAGCUCUUGGAGGAUUGGCUGCAUCAGGGAUGUGUGACCUAAUAUGCAAAGGAGUUCCUGCUACAAAAAAAGUCAUGUGUAAAAGAAAGCGUGGAUGCAAUUUUUUGGUGGAGGGGCACAUUUGUUUUAAAGGUAGACUAGACGAUGCUUAAAAACUUCAAAAUCCAAUAUAAAGGUAACCAGAAUGUGAUAUUUUUGUUUCUUUGUUUUAUAAAUGAUCUUAAUACAAUCAUGAAUUUUGAUAUAAAUUAAUUCAUAUACAUCAAAUAAGAUGAAUUCUUUCACUUGAGUUAGAGAUUUGUUUGUUUGUGGUAUGUCCUGGUCAAGCACAGAGUCCUAACACUAUACUGAACUACAGUUCAGACUUUACUAAUUUUUGUAUUCAUUAAAUUGGACUUAACCUAUCUGUGGCAGUAGUUGCAAUAUUACAUGUCUUUAGUUUUAGAUUUUAGUUCUAAAAAUGAAAUAUUCUCUUACAUUCUGAUGACAUGCUGCACUACAAUAUCAGUAGUUCAAGUGUGUUACUGAGAGAGACUUCAAAGUUUUCAUGUUUCUCUUGACUACCUGUUGGGUUUUAAUAUCCCUUGUUAUUAUGCUGAACUUGCUACAUUGUGUUUCUGAGGUGUCUGCUCUGAAUAGGUAGAAUGAAAUAAUUAAUGCAGAUGUUGUAGCAUGAUGCUUAGUGUUUUUGAUACCGUAAUAUAUUUUUGUAAUUCAGUAUGACUCUUAACUGCACUGAACUAUUUAAUCUCCAUAGGUGAGGUUUCACAAGCACAGUAGAUUUUAAUGGCUUUAAUCUUUUAAUCAUUUUCUCCAAUUUAUUUUCCUUGUACUAGAAUGUCAUGAUCAUAAUCUAGUUCAAACUAGGUAUUUUAAGUAUUGUCAGAAGUAUUGUGAUUUACUUGUUCCUUGAAUUUCUGUCGGAUUGAAUCAGAACUAAUUUUGACCUAGAUUGGGACCCAGUAGAAUCUUUAUACCAAAGGGCCAAAAAUAUGGCUGUAUUUUUAGCAACUUGGAUUACUUUUAUGCAGGGCUUGAAUUCAGCAGGAGCUCACAGGAGCACAGCUCCUGAGCCUCCAGCCAGGGUCUGCAUACUGUGGGGAGUUCUGUCCCCGCUGUACACAGAUCCUGGAGCAUAUGAAAAUGAGAUAUGCUACUGAGCUCCUGCAUCUUUUUUCUCUACAAAAUGACCCCUGCUUAAUGCAUUGCUGUGUUUUGGUAAUAGACAGUAAUAGAAACAAAAUAGAAUCUAAGGGGAAAGGCCAUGAAAGGAGUUCUUCUUGCAAAAGAAGGGCUAAACCAGGCAUGGCUAUAAACAUGAUGCUGCAAAAAAAAAAAAAAAAAAAGGUUGUUGGAUAGCAUGUUCCUGCCCUUCCCCUUAACCUUGUGUCAUGGCAUCAUAAUGUUAAGUAUUGACUGCUAACGAUGGAGCAGAGAAACACCGCAUAUUGUAAGGUCAUUACACCAGAUAAAAUUCAACCAGACAUUCUGAAAGGAAUUAGGGAAGAAAGUAGUUGUGUGAUAAAUGCACACUUACUGUCAUGUCUAGUUUGGCUCUGAUUUUGAUAAAAUGUUAUCAGUUUCCUUCUUAUAGCACUUUCUUCCGAAAUACUAAAUUUCACAAGCGUUGUGCUACAAUUGGAUAGGACUGGGAACAGACUUUGAACUAUGUUGGUGCAAUAAUUGUUUAAAAAGCCAGAUGCAAUUGUGUUCAUUGUCACAAAUCACCAGUUAGCUGAAAGCUUUCUCUCUUCUUCAACAGUAUCACAACUCUGGCUAGGAAGUGCAUGCAUAUCAUCAGCUUUUAGAUUAAUUUAUCCUGAUGAAAUGCAUUUCCAAUACCUGUGCAUGCAUCAUUCCUCUUAUUGCACUGAGAUGUCUCUGGAGACAUAGCAUCCUCAGUGUGAGUUGCUGAAGAUGGAGAAAAUGUAUUAGAAAAGCAAUUGUAUGUACUAGCUAUUUGCAGUUGAAUUUGUGUAUACUUGAUACAACACUAGAUCUAAACUUGAACUACCUCCUGUGAGUAAUAAAAUUCCAAGAUUUGAUCACCAGCAAUUCAAUUCAGAAUUUGACCCCUCUUGUUUUUAAAUCUAUACAGUUGAGAUGAACUGGAAUUUUCUCUUUUAUUUUGAAAAUAUAUGUUUUUAAGAUGGAUACUUGUUUAGCAAUGAGUUUCUCUUUAUAUUAUCUUUCAUGUAGUAUAUUUUGAUUGGACAUAAUAAACAGUAAUUUAGCUAUCUGUACAAAGCCUAUAAAAUGCAUUGUGCACAUGGUUUCAAGGGGUGCAGAUACAAGAUUAUUGUAAAUGAGCUAUUAAAUCAAUAACUGUGGAUUUAGUAAAAGAUACAGACUUAUGUGAAAGACCGGGAAAUAAUCUUGUUCUUUCUAGUUUAAGUAUUAAAAAACAGUGUUUUUUAUUGAAGAUAAAUUCAGAACAGAGUACAAUUUUCCAAGCAGGACUCGUCCAUAAAUCUACAUUCAUAAUUUAGUAGGAUUUGGGCUGGAGAAAUACACAUAGUACAGUAGUCAUUGCUAGAACUCACCCAGCACCCCUGCUGUGCAGUCUUUUAUUUCAGUAGGGGACUGUAUAAAAAGUGGUGCUUAACAGAUUAUGCCCUUUCUUGACUACAUGGUUAUUGUAAAUAGAUUCAGAAGCACUUUGUUAAUUAAUUGCCACUGUGUGAAUUCAUAGGUUAAUAAUGGAUAAAGUGAUUUAGUUAUUAAAAACUCAUUAACAUUUUUGAGGUUUGCUUUCUAAAGUUCUAUGUUUAUCAAUAAAACGUUGAAUAGAUUUAAUUUAAUGUCUUACUUAAGAAUAUAUACUACUUUCUAUUAAUAUGGAAUAAGUGAAAGUUUUUUCCAUAGUAAGCAUUUGACAGGGAUCACAUUCUUGUUAAUAGUACUGAUGUAUUCAUUCACUAAAGAAAAACAAUUGCUUCUUAUUUCUUUCCAGAUUAGAUUUGUUGAGGUUUAAUUUUUUAUGUAUGUAUCUGUUUAAAGAAAUGACAAAAAAAUGCACUAAUUUGUAAAUGUGGUUUUUCUUUUUAUUUAACAUUCUUUUAUAUUCACAUAAAAUUUUUUGACUUUAAUUUUA